AUUAAGUUAUUCGAUAUUUCAUUAAUGAAAUAAAAAUCACAUGCAUUUUUCACAUUUGUCCAUAUGUCCCUCACCUUAUCGAUGGAAUUGUUCAAUGGUUGGUCAAAUUGUCCACUAUAUAAACUCAUAUCCACCUGGCAUUACUUCAACUCCAAUUUGGCCUCACACUACACAACUUACCUAAUACUUCAUUCAUCAAAUAAAAUGGAUGAACUGAGAGCACUCUUCGAAGCAGCUGACGUCAACCAUUCCGGAAAGUUGUCAUCUCAAGAAUUGAAAAAGGUGUUGGAAGGUGAUUUUGGUUGUGAAAUCCCCAAGGACAAGUUUGAUGAAUUUUUGAAAGGGACAAAUCUUGAUGGUGAAGGUGAAUGGAGUAUUGAUGACCUGGUGAAACUGUUCACCUCAUAGCAUAAGUAACAGUGGCAUUAAUAAGAAGAAAAGAAACAAUUAUGAUGAUUGUAUGAAGAAUAAGUUGUUUCUGUGUUAACAAUCUGUUUGACGUUUUCUGGUAUUGUUAAGUUGAAUUAUACGUGUUAGAGAUCUCA